AUGCUAUUAAUUAUAAGAUACCUUGAUUUCAGAAAUGAAAAAAUUGUACAAAAUCAUUUGUUUACAGUCAACAAAAUUAUUUCUUCUCAGAAAUCUACACUUGUAGAGGUUAGGGCAAAGGUCAUUGUCUCCACGGAGGUGCUGACGCUUAAAGGUAGUGGCAGAGUUGUUCCAGGGGACCUUGGAGAGGCCCCCCUUUUAGGGGACCUCGUAACAGCCUUCUCAAAGGUUCAGGGAGCAAGUUUCCGAGGUUGGAAAGAAGUGACUUCACUGUUUAAUAAAGAUGAUGAGCAGCAUCUCCUGGAAAGAUGUAAAUCUCCCAAGUCCAAAGGAACUAACUUACGAUUAAAAGAAGAGUUGAAGGCAGAGAAGAAAUCUGGAUUUUGGGACAAUUUGGUUUUAAAACAGAAUAUACAGUCUAAAAAACCAGAUGAAAUUGAAGGUUGGGAGCCUCCAAAACUUGCUCUUGAAGACAUAUCGGCUGACCCUGAGGACACCAUGGGUGGCCACCCAUCCUGGUCAGGCUGGGAGGAUGACACCAAGGGCUCGACCAAGUAUACCAGCCUGGCCAGCUCUGCCAACAGCUCCAGGUGGAGCCUGCGCUCAGCAGGGAGGCUGAUUAAAGAAGUAUGAUGAUAAUUUUAUUUAGGAAACAUUGUCUUGCUCAUUAUAGAGUGAAGACUGUGCAUAAAAUACUGAAGUGCCUCUUUUUUAUUAGGCUCAUAUGUUUGUUCUUGCAAAGUGAGAUGCCGAUUGUGAUUGGUGUUAGAUCUGUAAGAAGCUGUGUCUUCUCCACAAGAACCAACGGCCAGUUUGAGAGCAUCUCGCGUGUUCUUUUUCUGUCUGCUUUACUGUCCUUGACAGUGUGAUCCUGCACAGUAUCAGGUGCCAGUUAUGUGUCCCUGGCAGGUUGGCGCUUAUCAGCAAGUCCUGCAGAUAUCUAUCUUAGGUAAAAGUGGUUUGAAAGAAAAGGUAUAUUUUUCUUUUUUGUUUAAAAGCAAAAUAAAACCUCCAGUUACACUGUGCAUUCCCCUCACAUACAAACAAGACAAAAACCCUUUCCUGAGCUGCUCGGCAUGCACUUGUGUGCUGUUUCAUGCGUGUGGAUGUUCCUUCCACUUGUUCCUGUGGAAUAACUGAGUGUGCCUGAUGGCAGAACACACUGCAGUGUUACCAGCGUCUGCAUGUUUUUUAAUAGAACAGGUUUACUUGAUCUGUCAUCUGUUAUGGAAAAAACAGCAAUUACUUUUGCAUCAACCUAAUACAUCCAUUCAUCUAGCUAAAUCUAUAAUCUGUAUCAAUCGCUUAUACCUAUCAAUCAUCUGUAUCUAUUCACCUACCCUCUGUCUGUCAUCUCUCAGUCUGCAUCCAUCUAGCCUUCUGUCAAUCAUCUACUUUUUUUAAUAGAAUAAGAAGUUUACUUAUCAAGUCUUGAAAGGGGGACAUGCUUCAAGUGGUGUUCAAACAAAAAUUCCAGUUUGUAUUAGAACCUUGAAAUGGUGAAGUUGUGGAGGUUUUCUUUGUUCCAUAAUACAGAGACAAGUUCAUAAUUUUUAAUAUAACAGUUAAGUUGACAAAUCAUAAGUUUCCUCAGGUAAACAAUCAUAACUGUCUUUCUCCCUAGAGAAGUGGGAUAGUAAAAACAUUCACCAUUUCAUGACUUCUGCAAAUACUUUCAAGCGGAAGUCAGUGUAGGCUUGUUUUUGGCUAACAUGGUCUUGCUGCGCAGGAAUGUAAACACUGUGUUUGAAACUCUGGAAAUCACACGUGUGUGGGGAGAUGGGGACGCUGCCCACGUAGUGGGGAGCUCUGUGGUGUGAUGGCAGCGGUUGCUGUGCCUCUGUUGGAACGUUAAGUGCCUGCAACUCACGUCAAUCAUAGAAUUGUGACGCACAGUUGGCAAAAUAGUUCUUUAUGCUAUUUCUCAAAAUUUGAGGACAAACUCAGAUUGGGAUUGGAAUGUGCACUGUAAAUCAGAUUUUUCUUAUCUACAAAGACUAAUGUAAAAAUGAUUUUUUCUUCUGUGCCUGAUUAAAUUAACUGUGGUUUUUAAUAUAAAUAUUUAUUGGUGUGCUUUGGGAGAAAAAAUAUCUUUUCUUGAAAGAACUUACCAAAGCAAAUUUGUUAUCUUCACAAGUUAAUGGUGGGAGAAUGUGGUUUUUAUUCUGGGUGUUUGAAUUGUGUAAACACACAGCUUCCCUGUGUGGAGACAGUUGUCCUGUGCUCCUUCUACUGUACUUUUUAAAUUUUUUAAUAGGAAAGUGAUGGGCUUCAGAGAAGGGUUCCUCCUUAGUGUUGAGGCUUUUUAAAAAUAAAAAUAUUGUUUCUAAGCUCUUUCAUUAUUGGUUUGCAUGAUUACUGGCAUCUGCUUACGAUGGCUUUAAUCAGUCAGAGCUAAUGGCACCUUUCCUAUUUAGCCUCAUUUUAGAAUGCAGUAAACACAUGUGGACUUUUCACGAAUAAAUGAGCAACUUCAACCUUG